AUUCUUAAUAUCUUAUUCAAUAAUUAAUUUCUUUCUAUAACAAGAGGGGGGCCAAAUAGGUCAACCACUUUUCUUGAUCACACUGUAAUAUAUAAGCACUACAAAAUAACGACAAGCACAAAAAAACAUAGUACACACAACAACAACAGAUCAACAGCAAAUAAGCUGUAAAAGUUGAUGUAUGAGUGCUUCCUUGCUUGUCUGAGAAAAAGGGUGUCUUGAAUUUAUAUAUUUAUUUAUUAUUUUUGUGAUAAAUAAAAGAUUCUUUAAAUUCAAAGAGAGAAUUCUGCAAGACCCUGUAAACUGAAGGCAUGGCAUCAAGAAUAUCAAGCGAAGCAUCUCUUCCCACUCAAAGAUUACUAGGGAAGGUCGCCGUAGUGACAGGUGGCGCGAGCGGCAUCGGAGAGAGCAUCGUGCAAUUAUUCCACCGCCACGGCGCAAAAGUCGUCAUAGCCGAUAUCCAAGACGACCUCGGCUCCCAACUCCACGAGCGCUUAGGUGGCGGCUCCGAAAUCUCCACCGUCCACUGCGACGUCACGAUGGAGGACCACGUCAGAAAUGCCGUUGAUCUCGCCGUCGAAAAAUACGGGACCCUCGAUAUAAUGGUCAACAAUGCGGGCACAUCGGGCCCACCUUGCCCCGAUAUCCGCGAUUUUGAAAUCCCGAUUUUCGAAAAGAUCUUCGACAUAAACGUAAAGGGCGUUUUUAUAGGUACGAAGCACCUAUAA